AUGGCAAUGGCAAACAAAAAAACACAAUGUUUUUCAUGUAACAAAGAAAAAAUAACAUAUCCUUGUGAAGGAUGUUCAAAAAAAUUUUGUUUAACACAUUUAACAGAACACCAACAAAUAUUAAAUGAAGAAUUAAACCAUAUUAUUAAUGAUUAUGAUGAAUUUAAACAAAGAAUUAAUCAACAAAAACAAAAUCCACAAAAUCAUUCAUUAAUAAAACAAAUUAAUCAGUGGGAAACAAAUUCAAUUGAAAUAAUUCAACAGAGAGCACAAAAUUGUAGAGAAAUUGUCAUCAAAUAUUCGCGAAGAUUUAUUAUUGACAUUGAAAAGAAAUUUAAAGAUUUAUCUGAGCAAAUAAAACAAAUUCAUGACGAAAAUGAAUUUAAUGAAAUUGAUUUGAAUUAUUUAAGAAAUCAAUUAAAAGAAAUUACAGAAGAAUUAACUAAUUCAUCAAAUAUUUCUAUUCAACAAGAUUCACAAUCGUUUAUUAAUGAAAUUUCAAUUAUUUCAACAAUAAAACCGAAAUUUAAUAAAUGGGAACAAAAUGCCAUCAUUGUAGCUGGUGGAAAUGGACGAGGACAAGAAUUAAAUCAACUCAAUUAUCCUCAUGGAAUCUUUAUUGAUGAAAGGAAAAAUAUUUUCAUUAUUGAUUCGAGCAAUGAUCGUGUUGUUGAAUGGAAAUAUAAUGCAAAGAAAGGACAAAUCAUUGCAGGUGGAAAUGGCAGAGGAAAUCGUAUGGAUCAAUUGAAUCGACCAACAGAUUUAGUUGUUGAUCAACGAAAUCAUGCAGUCAUUAUUGCCGAUCAAGGGAACAGCAGAGUUAUUCAAUGGGUGAAUCAAAAUCAACAAGUUCUCAUUGAAAAUAUUCACUGUUCUUGCUUAGCAAUGGAUAAACAUGGAUUUCUUUAUGUUUCUGAUACUGAGAAGAAUGAAGUGAGACGAUGGAAAAUGGGAGAAUAUAACAAUGAAGGAAUGGUAGUGGCAGGUGGAAAUGGAAAAGGUGAUCAACUUAAUCAACUUAAUAAUCCUAGUUUUAUGUUCGUUGAUGAAGAGCAAUCUGUUUAUGUAUCAGAUAGACAUAAUAAUCG